CUCCUCCUCAGCUUCAUGCGGGUCUGCAGUGAGGCAUUGUGGGAAACUCCCAGGGUAUUUUCCUCCCCCUCCUCUUCCCCUGCUCUUCAUCCGUUCCUCCUCUCUGCGGAACAGCCAGCUUCCAAGGUGUGACAUCAGCAAACAGAAGCCCUAAGGUGGAAGUAAAGGUUCUGUAACAUGAUCCAGUGGCAUAUUGUUUGAGCAGGGCACCCUCCUGGACCACGGAAUUAUAGCUGCACAAGGCCAGGCAGUUUUGAGGCGGAUCCUUUUUUAUUGGGAUUUUGGCUCGAGGGCCAAGUGAAGGGAGCCGGGGUCAGUCCAACCUGCUUUGUGCCUCCACCACCACCCCUUUCCGUUUGGUCCGAGAGCAGGAGUGGGUCGCCUCCGCUGUGCAGCUGAGCAAGAUGGAGUCCAAAGGGAGCACCCGCAGUGGAAAUAAGCCUGAUGCCAAAACCGCCAGCUCCGGGAAGCCAGAGAAGCCCAACCCUGGGCCCGCCACAGCUGCCGAUAAGAAAGAAGCCCCUUCAAAGGAGCAGCCGGCUCCUCCCGCCGCCACCCCAGCCAAAAAGGCAGCAACGGCGGCAGCCAAUGAGGCGGCCAUGCUGAACAACCAUGGCAACAUGAAGCCUAGUUCUGCUGGGGAGGGUGCGGAGGCCGCAGGUCACCCCGCUGACUCUGAGCACAAAGGGAACAAUGCGGAGGAGUCUCCGGGCAGCAGCAUUUUUGAGAACAUGAAGCCUCUGAUCAUCAUCGGAGGGGCGGCGGUGGCUGCCAUUGCUCUGAUUGUGGGAGUGGCUCUCCUUGCCCGGAAAAAAUAAAUUGGCACCCAAGAAGCGCAGGGGAGAGAAAUAACCCUGGGCUGAAUGUACAGUUCCUUUUGAAACAAAAUGCAUGUGGUAAACUCUAUACAUACCUAUAAAUAUGCCGUAUAUAUAGAGAAAGAGCUAAGUAGGUACAAACUGCAAUGCUGGCCGCUGCCUUGCUCCUAGCAGAUGCGCCAGCAUUGGCCUAGCGUGGGCACUUGGUGGGCUUCUGCUCUUUUGUGUAAUAUAACUCAGCUUGCAGCAGCAAUGUGUAUAGAUGGCUUUUCUUCUCUGGUCUGUAUGAGCUCUUGCGGUGUUUUCCUUCCCUUCCCCACCUUUUGUCCCUAGCUUGGCUCCAGGGUCACUCAGAGUUCUCAGCUUGGUUACGCUGGAUUGCGGUAGAGCAGGUGGAAAGGGAGAGUUUCCCAUCGGCAGGGUCACCUGUUGCCAUCUCUGUUCCAGCACACACUGUACAGUGGUGUGAGAAUGCUCACAAGCUAGAGCUUCUUUCCUGAUCCAAGGGGGAUAGGGUGUCCCUAGUACGCGUUUCGUCACAACAUUAAUGUGCUCACUCUGUGGACACUUUGCCUAAGUUUCAAAGUAGCAGCUGGAGCACGGGGGGCUUUCAAAGGUCAAGAAGCAAGCAUGGCCUGUUGAGAGCCACAGGGUAGCCUUGCCACCCCACCGUGCAAUAUAUGGGCAUGGUGACUUAUAGCCGCCUGGCUGUGGAUUUCAAUGGGCAUUCCAACUUAAUAGAACAUUUUCUGUUGAAGCACCUGGUCCUGUGCUGGUAAACUUCGUAUGCAGGACUUGAUGCCAUUGAUACUUAAAACAACUCAAUUCAAAAUAGGUGGAAGUCAAUGAGGCCUUCUGUGCAUAUGGAUUUGGGAUGAAUGCUAGUGCUUCACUGUGGAAGGUUGACCUGUCAUUGUAUGCCAUGUAUGGAAGGGGAAAGUAAGAAGCAAUUAUGGGUUGGUUGGUUGGUUGGUUGGUUGGUUGGUUCUUUCUUUCGCUUUCCUCUUUUUUUUUAGCUUGUGACCAAUCAACAACUGGAUUAUGGUUUAGGAAGUAUUUAUGUAUGGAGCACCCUGCCCAGGUGCACAGAUUUGAAAUGGAUGGAUUGUCUUUUGCUAUCUGACACUUUAUAACUCUAAUGCUGGAGGAGCCAGACAAAUGGGCUAAUCCCAUUUAUUUCACUGGACAUUUCAGUGCAGAGAAAAAAUGGCAACCGAUUCAUUGAGGCAACUCCCCCCCCCUAAAUAAAUUAGAACCAAUGGGCAUUUAAGAGGGGAGGAAAUUCCGUGUCCUGAGUUAGCCUUGCUACAUUGGUGGCCUUCCUAAAGAAUAAAAAUCAGAAUUUGAGAGGAGAAAGGAUCAAUGGAAUGUAUGUUGACGUAUCUUUGUUAAUAUAUCUACCAGAGAUAAUCCACUGACCAUAAGAGCAUUGGGACAUAAAUUGUAAUGUAGGGAUGACCGUUUGCAACAAGAAGCUUACAUGUACUGUAUAUUUUUGCUUAGAUUGAAUCUGAUGCGAAAGUGGUGAUUGACAUCAGAUUAGUGGUGGUGUUUGUUUGUUUUUUUAUUAAAAAAAGGAAAGGCUAAUUAGAUUGAACUAGGAGUUGUAAAGCUUUUUUCUGUUGUUAGGUUGGGAUAGAUAUGAGCAGCCAAGUUUUCGUCGCAGUACAGACUUGCUCAUAAAUUAAUGUGGGUACUAGAUUUCUUUUACAUUUUAGUCUCUGGACCCACAACUUGAUCAUGAAAUAGGAUGAGAUGGUGAUAGUGGCAGGACUACAGUUCGUCGUCUUGAAGACCAACUUUCUCUCCCUUUCUCUCGUAUUUAUGGUUGUGACGUGAUAGGUUAGGUCUAUAGGGGAAUCAUUCACCAACAGUCGUUGCUUAGUACUGUGGUGUCCCACUGUCUAGAAUAAUUCUCCAGAUCCCACAUCCAGUCUGAAAACACCUGUAUUUUUGUGUGUAUGUAUGUGUACAAGCUUUCCUAUACAAGCUUUCCUACCCUUACCUUAUUUGAGAAUAUCUGUGUAUAUAGUACAGUUUACUGGAGUCUUUGUAAAGCUACAAAACCUGUAUUCUUUGUACAAAAAGCAAAAGGCAACCAUUAUUUGCGCACCUGCAUUCACACAAAGUGUCCAUGUUUUGUGCCACUAGCAUUCCACCAUGCAGCAUCCGAAACCAUGGUUUCCUUCCAAUAAACGAAUGUAUGGUUAGCCAA